GGGCAGCAGCAGGAACAGGCUGGAAGCGCUGGAAUUCCUCUGAAACACCCCCAGGAUUAAAUCCUGGCCCUUGCUGAAGUCUCCAUGAAGUUUGCCCUGGGUUUACGUGCAGCCGGUGGUUCUCUGCCGGUGGAGGUGGGAGGUGGCACGAGGGAGGAUCCGAGCGAAUGGAAUGGGAAUGUGUGGGUUUGCCUCUGUGGUGGGAGAAGAAAUGGUGCAGGAAUGCCCGGGGUGUGCUGAGGACACUCGGGGCUGUGUGUCUCAUGCUCCUCAGGUCUGGGUGUGAGGGAGGCACAGGAAUGAGCGCCGUCACGUUGGCUUUUGUGGAAUAUAAUGAACCAAAAGUGCUCUUGUUUAUAGAACAUCCUGACAAGGAGGAGGCGUCAGACCAUCCCUCUUUCCUGCCCACCCUCGGGGGACCGUGUGUUCGUGCCUGAGUGUCUCAGAGACUUCAUGUGCGGGAAGAUGAGGAGUAUUGAUUCUGGGGAGGCUCUGGGACAUUUGAAAGUGAUUUGGAGGGAGCAAAGUCUGUGUGUGAUGGACACCGAACCCAAGCCAGCGUGUGUGGUGCCCCAGGCUCCCUGCCCAGGGAUGAAGUGCCCUCCUUCAGAAGACUUCCCUCCUCAGGUGAGGCUGUCUGAGAAGAUACCACCAGUGAAGCCUUGCUUCAAGAAGAAGCAGCAAGUGCAGAAGAGGCUGGACCCACAAACCCUGCGGGCUUUGCGGCCGAUCUUCACCAGCCUGCUGGGAGCUGGGACCUUGGAGAGGGUCUUUGUGCCCCGGGGCCAGGGUGGUGGCCACAGUGAUUUAUGUGAACCUGCUGUGAAAAAGACUCUGGACCUCAGUACUUCUUGCCCCCAGACAGAAAAUGACGUGAGUGUGCUGGUGCCAACAGCUGCAGAUGUGCAGGGUCAGUUGCCAGGAGCCCGUCCUUCCCCCGGGCAUCCUGAGCAGGACGGCCGGUCAGGAGAGCAAGGCUUCUCCCCAGAAACUCCUGGAACUGCUGCUGAUAACGGUAACGAAUCAUUCCAGGAUCAUCCUUUGCACCCAAGUGCUAGUGAUGGUGCAGCUUGUCCUUUGUUCCCUGACAAGGUUCUGGAGAGCUGCACGUCUGCCUUGUUCCAGGAGAACAGCUGUCCAAUGCAGUACAACUUGAACCCGAGCAAUAAAUUCAGCGCUGGGAUAUUCCAGGGUAAGAGUGAGGAAGCUUCUCUGGACCUGGUGUUCGAGCUGCUGAACCAGCUGCAGUAUCACACCCACCAGGAGGACGGGAUCGAGAUCUGUGUGGAUUUUCUCCAGGGCACUUGUGUUUAUGGCAGCGACUGUCCCAGACAUCACACGGUCCUGCCCUAUCACUGGCAGGUGAGGAGGACAGCAACCCAGACCUGGCAGAGCGUGACCAACGAUUCCCAGGAGCACCUGGAGAGACUCUACUGCAACCCUGACAACGACAGGAUCAAAGUCAAGUAUCGGGGCCAGGAGUUCUGCGUGGAUCUGAACCUCAUGAAGUUGUACGAGACUGCUGAGUUUGACCAAGUGCGGCGCCUGUGCACCCCGUCCUGCCCCGGCUCCAGCUCCAGCUGCUUCACCGUCUGGAAGUACUUCUGCAGGGACCACUUCGGCUGGAGGGAGUACUCCGAGCCCGUGGUGAGGUUGAUCGAGGAGGCCUCGUGCCGGGGGCUGAAGGAGGUCAGGUUUGUCACCUGGCACAACCAGUACAUCCUCAACAUCAAGGAUGGCUUCCAGCAGAACGCCUGCUUCAGGAGGGAGAUCAAGAGGAGGCCCCUCCUGCGCUCCUGCGUCGUGCUGAUGCCCUUCCUGCAGACCCUGGGCGGCAGCUCCCCGGCGCCCUCCCCCUGUGCUGACCCCGCACACAUCUUAUCUCCAGCUGCUGUUACCUCUCCCAGCUUCUAUCCUGAAACCUGGAUUUGUAUGGAUCCAUCUCAGGACUUCAUCCAAGUGCCUGUUCUGAAGGAAGACAAAAGCUAUAGAACCAUUUACAACCUGUUCCACAAGACUGUGCCAGAGACCAAAUACAAGAUUCUGAAAAUCCUGCGAGUGCAGAACCAGUUUCUCUGGGAGAAAUAUAAAAGGAAAAAGGAGUACAUGUCCAAGAAGAUGUCCGGGCUGGACAGGCUCAUGAACGAGCGGCACCUGUUCCACGGCACGUCCCAGGACGUGGUGGACGGGAUCUGCAAGCACAACUUCGACCCGCGCGUGUGCGGCAAGCACGCCACCAUGUUCGGCCAGGGCAGCUACUUCGCCAGGAAGGCCAGCUACUCCCACAACUUCUCCAAGCGCUCCCCCAGGGGCGUCCACUACAUGUUCCUGGCCAAGGUGCUGACGGGCAGGUACACGGUGGGCAACCACACCAUGAGGAGACCCCCGCCCGUGGAGCCGGGCAGCGUCACCAGCGACCUGUACGACUCCUGCGUGGACAACUUCUUCGAGCCCCAGAUCUUCGUCAUCUUCAACGACGACCAGAGCUACCCCUACUUCAUCAUCCAGUACGAGGAGCUGGGCAGCACCGUCUGCAUCUGAAAGCCCGGGCUGCUCCAGCCUUCCCGUUCGACAACUCCUCCUCUGGCACCGCUUCCUGUUGGGGGGAAACACAACCUGGACACUUCCUGACGGGUGGAAAUGACUUGGGAGGGAGGAAAUCUCGGCUUCUAGGGAAGGAAAUCUGCAGUGACCAACUGUGCACUUGCUGGUCGAUCCCCUCUGUGCAAAUUGUACAUAUUUUUCCAUUUGUUUAUAGUUGAAAAUCUGUGCCUUUUGUUAUAAAACACUAUUUAUGUUAGUAAAUAUUCAUGUUUAAAAA